AUGGGAUUUAUGCAAGUGGGAAAUAACGAUGUCUGUUUCUUGACUUGUAGAAUAUGUGAAGGUCGAAAGACAAAAGAAGAGGUUCUGCAAGCUCAGUUGGCCAAGUAUAAAUCCGCCUACGAGAUGGUUGCCCGAGAGGCGCGAAAACUGGACAUUGCGAUUGGCAAGUACCUUGCCCAAGAGGCUGAAAAUAUUCCAGGUAUAUUUCGAUAG